AUGGGUGAACUCACCUUUUUCCUUGGACUACAAAUUAAGCAACAUAAUGAUGGUAUCUUCAUUAAUCAAUCUAAGUACAUCAAAGAUAUACUAAAGAAAUUCAAGAUGGAUGAUUUGAAGAGUAUUGGAACUCCUAUUAGCUCCACCAUCAAGUUGGAAAAGGAUGAAAAAGGUAAAGAUGUUGAUCGAAAGUUAUAUAGAGCUACGAGAGUUGAUUUAAGCAAAGAGAAGAAGUUUAGCAAUCUUAUCCCUAUUAAGGAGGUAUUCAAAGUUGAUGAUGGUAGAAAAAGAAGUAAGAAAAAAGAGAAAAAAAAGUUUGGAGACUUUAGAAGCUAUCCACAUGGUACUGCUGGGACUAGCAAUGCAAAGGAGGCUAGUUUAAGUGGAGUAAAAAUUUCUAAAAUAGAAGAAGAAGAAGAAGGACAUAAUAUAGAGAUUGAUGAGAAGGGAAAGGAAGACAGCAAGCAAGUUGAGGUUGAAGAAAUAGAGAAGACUGAUGAGAAGAGAGAUACUGCAGAAGAAAAAUCAGAAGAAGAAAAUAAAUUUGAUGAGGAAAAAUCAAAUAAAACUUCCUUUUCUUAUAUUAAAAGCAACAACAGCAAUGAGAAUGGGAAAAGUGGAAGCAAAAAUGAUUCUAGUCAAGAAUAA